AUGGCACCCCAAACCUACGACUGUCAAAUCUGCCUCAGCCCAUUCACCUCCCCCCUCUCCCCCCUUCCUCCCUUUGCCCUCCCGGGAUGCAAUCACUUCCACUGCCCCGGCUGCCUCUCGGAAAACCUAGCCCAAUCCCUCAAAUCCCUCCCCUUCAAACCAGCCACCUGCUGCACCCAGGCAACCUUCAUCCCUCCCUCUGUCUUCCGCCGCCGGGAGUUUGGUAUACCACGAGACAGGGUGCGCCUCUAUCGACAGAAAAUAACAGAGUACCAAGCCUCCUAUCCUACGUCACCUGCGUCAAGACGAAGGAGACAACAGACACCACCGGAAACGGUACAGGGUUUGUCAGGGGUGAGGAUUGUGUUUUAUGGAGCGCCGAUGCCGCUGAAGGUCAAUUUGCCAACUUACUGCCAUGAUGCGAAAUGCGGGGCGUUUAUACCGGAUGUUAUGGGGGGCAGGUGUAGGAGGUGCAAGAAGAGGACGUGUGAGAUUUGCAAGAUGGGGAUGCACCUCGGGCAGGGCGGCUGUAGGAAGGAGGAUUUGUUUAGGAUUGAGGAGAGAACCGAGGUGAGGAGGUUGGCUGCUAUGGAGCUUGUUACCUUGGAUGUGAAAAAGGUUAAGGCGGCAAGCAGGAGUGAGAGAGAGAAAAUGGAGAGGGAGAAGAGAGAGAAGAGGGAGAGGGAGAAGGAGUUGUGGGCGCUGACGAGGGCGCUGAUGAGGGAAAAGGAGUGGAAGAGGUGCCCGCGGUGUAAGAAUGGGGUUGAGAAGACGGAGGGCUGUAAUCAUAUGAUUUGUGUUUGUGGGAUCGAUUGGUGCUAUCGUUGCGAGAGGGUUUGGGGGGCUAGUCAUAUCAUUGGGGUGGGGGCUUGUGCUGGGUAG